GCUGCGGGUGCUGCGGGUGCAGCUGGAGGUGCGGCAGCAGAACAGGGACGUCUUGCAUGAGCUCCAGCAGCUGAGGCAUGAGGUACGGGUCGUGUCCGAGAGGCUGGAUGAAAUUGAGCCUCUCGACAGGACCCGUGCAGUGUCUCAGCCUGCCCUGUCGACGGUGCCUCCAGUUCUUCCUCGGCUACCUGCCAACAAUAUUGAAGAAUUGGAGGCAGCAGAGGCAGCCGUGCAGGAUGAGGCUGUGGCUGCCACCUUGCGCAAGCACCUCCUGCAAAUAGGAGGGAAGUCGCUGCGCGAGGUGGCAUCGAAUGCCAUGAAGGCUGUAAUGGCACACCCCGUCCAAGUGCUUUACAGCCUUCAUGGCAGGAAGGGGAAGAGGGCUUUCAUAAAUCUGAAGUUAUGCCGGAUAGUCACAGAUGUCAUCUGUGCAAAAGGGGGGGCCGACCUGACAGAAGCUCAGGGCUUCAUUAAGAGGUGGUUGCCAGGGUCUGUGGACAGGGGUGGUGGCAGGAAGAGGCGUUUUGCAGAAACGUUAGCAGCAGAGCAGCCCGAUGAUCCCUCCCUUCGGGGCAGGGAUCAUUGCCUGCCCACUGCUGCCCUCUCCCUGCCCCACCCUUGGCCUCAGGGCCCUGGCCAGUCCACCGUUGGCCCCUCCUGUCCGGCUGCCCAUGCUCCUUCCCCUGCUGCAGCCCCUCCUCCUGCCCCUGCUCCUCCAGCUCCCAAGGAGGAGCCAAUUCCUAAGAACGAGCCUGGUCCCGAGGACAAAUCUAGUUUGGGUGGGAAGCCAGAGGAUGAAGUCAAGCCAGUGUCUGAGGUAAAGCCAGUGUCUGAGGUCAAGCCAGUGUCUGAGGUCAAGCCAGAGGCUGAGGUCAAGCCGGAGGCUGAGGUCAAGCCGGAGUCUGAGGUCAAGCCAGAUGCGAAGAACAAGUCAAGUGUGCGGAAGCCACGAGCGGCGGGAACGCAAUGCGGAUCAGUGGGAGGGCGAAAAAGAAACGAAAACAUCGAGGGCAACCCAUCUCGGGACGAAGCAUCUUCAUUCUUGGAGGCCAGCGUUGAAGAAGGGUGA